CAGUCUUUCUACCAGCAGCAAACGCCGUAUCUGUCGCCUCCUCCACAGCAGACAAGUCUGCCACAGGCCCACUAUUCGCCAGAUCCAUUGCAGUACUACCAGCCGCCACCUCAAGCAUACAUUGCCCAGCAGAGACAACAACCUGCACAACCGCCGGGGCAAACACCCCCGGCUCCUCCGACGCAAGCUGUUCCGCACCCGCAAUGGAACACUUCACUUGCCCCCGGCUAUGAGGCAUCGCUCCACUCGCAUUCGGGACCUCCCGUCAGACAUUCACCACCCCAAUCUCAUCAGCAAAGGAGUCAUCAACCGCAGCAACCACAGCGGCCUCCACCACAGUCCUCGCACGUGCAGCGGUCGACAUCGCAAUCGUCUCAGUAUCGACCUCAAAUUCCAGGAGAUGCUAGACGAUCAUCGCCUAUACAGACGCAGGGUCCGCCUCACAUGCCUCAGCCAUCUAUGCAGCAGAGACCAGCGGAACAAAGACCGUCUCUCCCAGCUCAGAAGCUGAGAACAGUUCCACAACGGGUAGAAUCGCAGGCCACUCGGGCGCCACAAGUGAAUAGACCAGCUCAGGCCUCGCCAUCAUCUCAUGUGCCAUCAACCCCGACGCCUGCUUCUCAUUUGAACUAUCACUCGAUUCUGCUGUCCCUCGCGGAUGAGUACACCAAGGCCGCAUACUCAAUGAGCUGUUCUCUCGCAGGCUCGGAUGUGUCGGUCGAGGCUCUCGAAGAAUACCAAACCCUUCUCUCCACGGGCAUGGGUUGUCUGGAUACGGUUCUCAAGAACUAUGCUAUUCCAGACAAACGCAAGGAAGCCCGCGUACGCCUUCGCCUGGCCAGCCUUCUUUUCGAGGAGACUGACAAUGACUGGGAGGCGGAAGAGACUUUGAGCAAGGGCAUUCCGGUUUGUGAGCGCGCCAGGCUGUCUGAUCUCAAGUACGCCAUGCAGCAUCUUCAGGCGAGGAUUGUGUUCAAGAGCGGUAAGCACAAGGCUGCCAUGACCAUGGUCGACAAGUUUGUUGCCGAGACAGAGAAGCUUCAGUCCUCGCAUUGGAUUUACGCCUUCCGCUUUCUGCGCGUGUCGUUUGGACUGCUGGUUCCCGACAGCCAGCGUGAGACCCCAGCAAUGCUGAGAAAUCUAACAGCCAUCGCGGAAGUAGCUUCUCGCAACUACCACCAUGCUGUUGAGAUCGUGGCCGCAACGCUCGAAGCCUUGGUCCAUCUCAAGUCUCGACAUGCUGACAGCAUCGAUCUGGCAUUGCGUGCUCUAGCUGCGGCCAGAACGUACCAACUGACGCCGGCGAUGACUUCAAUGCCACAGAUCAGGGCCUUACUGGACUGUAUCGAUCUGGCCUGCACGCUAGGACGAUACAGCUAUGAGAUGUCUCAGAAGAAAAUGACGGACAUGCAAGAGAACAUGGAUGCCAUCACUCGCGAUCCUUAUUGGAGUACGGAUGGCGCCCUCCACCUACCUCUCGGCGUCAAGAGGGACAUCGACAUGGACGCAGAGACCGGCGGUAUCAUGAGACAGACCAAGGAAGGCGAGGUGACGCUCCAUUUCUCCUGGUUGACAAAGAUGCAGAUGUACUCUUUCGGCUUCCUACUGAGUGGACUUGCGGUGUCGAACAAGAACACUAGCAAUGAACAGAAGGCAGAAACCUUCUUGGGAGAGGGUAUUAAGUUGAGUAAGCUCAAGCUCGACUUGGCACCUCAGUCCUUAUCAGCAGUGUGCACCAAAUACCAGAACCAGCUGAAACUCCGAAUCAUGUGCCGACUGUAUGUUGUGUUUGCUUGUUGUGGACGCUCCGAUUGGGAAGUUGCGACAAAGGGCCUCGAGGCUUUGCGAAGAGAUCUCGCAGAGUUUGGAGCGGAUCCCGACCAGCAUCUCACAACAUUGAUGGCGUAUCUGCAAGCCCUUUGCAAGCAUGGCUUGGGCGAUCUACCGGGCGCUCUUCUUCUCUACCGUGGUCCAGACUUGGCUUUUGUGGCCGCGCCCGAUGCAAAGCCAGGAGCGACAAGUGUGGAUCCUAUCAAAUUGCUUGCUGCCGCGAAUAGCAUAUUGAUCAUGCGUGGGUCUGGUCAAGAUGGCGAGGCCGACCAACUGCUGCAAAGGAUCGAGCCUUUCUGCGUUGUCGUUUCUAACAGCUCCGGUAACGAACAUGGAAGCAAGGCGAUGGAAGCAGCAUUCUUCAUCAUGAAAGCGACAUCGUCGUCAAGCGCGACCGAGAGUGCCAUUCUCAUAACGAAGGGGUGUCUCCAACGCGCAGUACUUGCCGCCAAGGCAAUCGGCAGCAGUCAGCUCCUCUGCAUGGUCAUGAACAUCAUGACAGAUUCAUUCUUCCACAACAUUGUUGGCGAUCAGGCUGAGAAAUCGGCGAAAGCUGGGCGUACGCUCGCACUGAAAUCUCAAGAUAAGCUCUGGACGGCAGUUGCGGAUGGAAUGUAUGCUGAGACGUUGGAGAGAUGCGGCAAAAAGGCAGAGGCCCAGCAAAUGCGGUGGGAAGCACAUGAGUCUUUGCAGCGGCUCCCGAGGACAUUGAAGGCGGCU